GGGGAGGAUCGUGCUGUGAGAAGAGCGUAUGUGGGGCACCCGGGCGGAAAACGUCCGUCGGGGCGUCCCAGAUACCGCUGGAGUGACGAAGCCCAAAAAGACCUGUCCGCCCUCGGAAUACCCAACUGGCGUGAAGUGGCGCAGAAUAGGGCAGAGUGGCGCUCUCUUGUGUCAGAGGCCAAGAUCCUCUUUGGGUCACUGAGCCAGUGAUGUAUGUGUGUAUCCAAAAUGCUUGUACAACUCUUAAUAAGCGUGUUGGUUUCCUGUUGUUUUCUGUUAAUUGGCAUUAUAGGGCAAAAUAUAUUGGGGCCGGGCACAUGGUCAAUCCUGAACAUAGAAGAGUGCGCAAGGGAUGCAGAGAUGCCGUGGCGAGUGCGCGUGAGACGACACAAGCUCAACCGCACGCACGACGCUUACAACGCCAACGUGUCCGUGUUGGAAGAUCUUGAUGACUCUUACGGAGGGCGCCUAGAAGUAUGCAAGAUGGUAUACGGUGGGUGCAAACAUUUCUCUACUCGGAAGACUGAUUGCUUGGCCGAUACAGUGAAACAAUACGGCGAAGAGAGCGCGAGGAGAGCGCUUGCGUUCGUUGGUAUUGACCCGCCGACAUUCCCUAUUCCGAAAGGAUACUACCAAGCGAAGAACUACUUGGCGAACAUGAGCAAUGUUUUCAAAGAAUGCGUGUAUGGUGAAUUUAAGGCGAACUGUUAUGCCAAGCGCGCACCACGAUUUUAA